CUUACGUAGUAUAAAGACAAACAGGGUCUAGAGAAUCUCAGACGGACUCACAGCUGUCACUUGUAGUGGGAAAAGUGCCACAGGUAUAUCUUCAAAUGCAGCGGCUGGUAUCGAGAGGAGUGCUGCUGCUGUUUUGUGCAGCAGUAUGUGUGUCCGGGAUGAGGCGAGAGUACUUCCUCAAGAUAGAGGAGGUGUCUUGGAACUAUGCUCCAAGUGGGAUGAACAUAAUCCAAAACCGCACACUGCAGGAGGAUGAAGAAGCCUCCGUCUUUCUGAAGCGAGGCCCCCAGCGUAUCGGCCCCACCUACAAGAAGGCUGUGUAUAAGCAAUACAGCGACACCACCUACAGGAUGGAGGUGACGAAGGCGACCUGGCUGGGCUACCUGGGGCCCGUGUUGAUGGCCGAGGAGGGAGACACGGUCAUUGUCCAACUGAAGAACGCGGCCACCAGACCUUACAGCAUCCACUCGCAUGGACUCAACUACAGCAAGGGCAACGAGGGAGCCCUUUACCCAGACAGCACCGGUCCAGAGCUGAAGCGCGACGACUCGGUGGCUCCUGGUACCACAGUGACAUAUGAGUGGACCCUUCCAGAGAGCCACAGCCCGACAUCGGAGGACGGCGACUGCUUGACCAGAUUCUACCACUCCCACGUCAGCACACCAAAAGACAUUGCCUCAGGGCUAGUAGGACCCCUCAUUAUCUGCAAGAAAGGAACUCUGGACCGCCAUCGAGAUAGCUCAGGAGAUCUGUACGCGCUGCUCUUCAUGGUGUCCGAUGAGAACUUCAGCUGGUACCUGGACGAAAACAUCAGGACGUACAUUACGAAUCCUGCAACUGGCCUGAAGGAGGACGAAGAUUUCAUAGAGAGCAACAAAAUGCACGGUAUAAAUGGUUUUCUGUAUGGUAACCUGCCUGGACUGAGCAUGUGCCAAGGCAACAAGAUCCACUGGCAUAUGAUUGGCUUAGGCAAUGAGGUGGACAUGCAUUCAGUUCAUUUCCACGGCCAGAUCCUGACCGCUCAGAACCACCACACAGACACGGUCAGCCUUUUCCCUGCGUCCAGCAUUACAGCUGAGAUGGUGGCUGACAACCCUGGACACUGGCUGUUGACCUGCACUGUCAAUGACCAUUUGAUGGCUGGAAUGCAGGCUAUAUUUGAGAUCAAGAAGUGUUUUCCCAAUGUCCACAAGCCCCGGCCGCACGGGGAGCUCAGAACUUUCUUCAUCGCCGCUGAAGAGGAGGUCUGGGACUACGCUCCCACGCCGCCCACUGAUGGUGAAGCAGAUAUGUUUGUAACCAGAGGUCCAAACCGUAUUGGAAGCCGCUAUAAGAAGGUCCGCUAUGGGGAGUACACUGACAUUACCUUCACAACAAAGAUGCUACGCAGCCCAGAAGAGCAGCACCUUGGAAUUCUGGGUCCUGUGCUGCGCGCUGAAGAAGGGGACACUGUCAAAGUGGUGUUCAAGAACAAAGCCAGCCGGCCUUACAGCAUACAGCCGCACGGUGUUCAAUACAGCGUAGAACAAGAUGGGACGCUGUAUCACAACGAACUGGAAGAGUCCUACACAGAAAAGAAACUGCGGGAGUUAAAGAAGGAGCCAAGAGUGGUCACCCCUCCCCCAGCUGCUUUGGUCAAACCCGGGACGAUGUACACCUAUGAAUGGAUGGUCCCAUUGCGUGCUGGUCCAGUCCCAGGGGAGGCUGACUGUCUGACCUAUCUGUACUACUCUGGAGUGGACCCUGUUAAAGACACCAGCUCUGGACUGGUUGGACCGCUCCUUAUCUGUCGUCCUGGGUCACUGAAAAAGGGAGUACAGAAACACUAUCAGAAAGAGUUCCACCUCUUGGCCACCGUGUUUGAUGAGAACCUGAGCUGGUACCUGGACGACAACAUUAGGUCCUUGACCGCUGCUCCCGGGAGGCCUGCUGUUAACAAGGAGGACGAGGGCUUUAUUCAAAGCAACAGGAUGCAUGCGAUCAACGGCUUUGUGUAUAGAAACCUCCCAGGACUGACCAUGUGUAAGGCGGAUAUGGUAUCGUGGCACGUGUCAGGACUGGGUACAGAGACGGACAUCAUCAGUCUUUACUUCCAAGGAAACCGCGUCAUCUACCGCCAGAACAGACGAGACACUAUUAGCGUCUUCCCUCACAUCUCACGCACCGUCACUAUGGAGCCAGACAGCAUGGGUCAGUUUGAAGUGGUGUCCGCCACAGUGAACCAUUACCGUGGUGGGAUGAGAGCCAACUACACGGUAGCCAAGUGCAGCAUCUUCCAGCGUCAGAGUGAACUUAUGAUCCACUCAAAAACCUACUACAUUGCUGCCAUAGAGGUGGACUGGGACUACUCUCCAAACCGCACGUGGGAGGCUGAGAUGUUCCGCGGUCAGCAGAGCCCCGCUUCUGUCUUCCUGAACCAGCAGGGUGGGUUCAUAGGCUCCCGUUAUAAGAAGGUGGUCUACCGCCAGUUCACCAGUAACAGGUUCACCAAAAUUGUGGAAAGACCAGCUGAUAUGGAACACCUGGGCAUCAUGGGUCCAAUGAUUCAUGCGGAUUUGGGGGACAAGGUGACGGUGGUUUUUAAAAACAUGGCGUCCAGGCCUUAUUCCAUCCACGCCCAUGGAGUUAAGACAGAUAUCCCGGAUGUUCCUCUCACCCAACCAGGUGAGACUCACUCCUACCACUGGUACGUCACAAAGAAUGCAGGACCGACCAAUGCGCAGGAGCAGUGCUCUGUGUCAGCAUACUACUCCACUGCUGAUGUUGUCAAGGACAUGUACAGCGGUCUGAUUGGUCCGUUGGUGAUCUGUCGCCGUAGUUGGCCCAGGAUGUUUGGUAUGGAGAAGGAGAUUGAGGAGUUUGCGUUGCUUUUCCUGGUUUUCGAUGAGAAUGAAAGUUGGUAUCUGGAUGAAAAUAUCAGGACCCACAUCAGGAACCCUCGCCCAAAUUUGAAGGAGGAUGAAACCUUUAUAGAGAGCAACAAGAUGCAUGCCAUUAAUGGUUAUAUGUAUGCAAAUCUGAAUGGUUUAAACAUGGAGGUGGGUGAUAAGGUGUACUGGUACCUGAUGGGAAUGGGCAAUGAAGUGGACAUACACACCGCACACUGGCAUGGACACAGUGUGGAAUAUAAGCUGGGCGGAGAGGCUCAUCGUACGGAUGUCUACGAGCUGUUUCCAGCAACCUUUCAAACUGUAAAGAUGCGUCCCCUGUAUCCUGGUAACUGGCUUUUCCACUGUCACGUCACUGACCACAUCACAGGUGGCAUGGAGGCGAUAUAUACUGUCACUGAGAAAGCAAAGAAGAAGCGUUUCUUUGGCUGAACAGUUAAGAAAAAAAAACAUAGAAGACUGCAGAGAUGACCUUAAAUUCUAUUUCAGCACCCAAUAAAUUCAAUUCAACACUCUUCAUAAAAUCAUCCUAAUGUCAAUGGUUGUGCAAAAAGGAGAAAAUGAAAUCUCUAUUUUAUAAUACAAUACAAUACAUGUACAUUGUUUUUAAAUGUCUAAAUGAUGUGUUGAUUUUUGAAAUUUCCCCGAAUGACAUUGAAAAAAUAAAGAAGAAUGAAAAUCG